GGUGCCUCUUUACCUUUUGCAGGUAUGACUUCCGCAUUAAAAUGGCGGUGGCUUAGAGUUGUGAUUGAAUAAAGUGAAAUAUUUUACCAGAUUUAGUAUUCUUGGUAUGUUAAUAUUUAUAUCUGAAAAAUUUGAAAUUAUUUUGAAUGGCUAAAUUAUUCCAAAUGCUUUAUCAUUUAUUUAAAGAAGAGUUGUUUUUCUACAUACUUUAAAAUAUCUUUUCAUAUUCAGACUGGGUCUCUACACUCAGUCACAGUCUGAGUCUGUCAGUGACCAGUGUCAGUUUUAAUUUUAAUCAAAUGAGUGAGAUUUGUGUGACUGAAUGUUAUGCAUGAAUGAAGAAUGAAACGAAAGUACUGUGAUAAUUGUGACUGCCACACACAUUCGUCGUUUUAAAUUAAUCUUUUAAUUAAAAAAAAAAAGUAAAAAGAAAUAACUAAUUUCUUUUCAAUUUCAAGUCUUUUCAACAAAAUCAUCAUGAAGAUGACUUGAAAUUUGAAAACUAAAAAAAAAAAAUAAAAAGAAAUAAUUAAUUUCUUUUCAAUUUCAAGUUUUUUAAAUAAAAUCGUCUUGAAGAUGACUUGAAAUUUGAAAAUUAAAAAAAAAAAAUAAAAAAACAACAAAAUCAUCAAGAAAAUGACUUAAAAUUUGAAAACUAAAAAAAAAAAAAAAAAAGAAAUAACUAAUUUCUUUUCAAUUUCAAGUCUUUUCAACAAAAUCGUCAUGAAGAUGACUUGAAAUUUGAAAACUAAAAAAAAAAAAUAAAAAAAAUAAAUGCUUGGAAUAAGUUGGAAGAUUGAAAUUUUCAAUCAAUGGAUUGAAUUUCUAUUUCUCUUCUUGAUUCUUGCAUUACACAAAAAUUAGGCUUGACAAAUUGAAAGUAGUAUGUAGCCAGUGACUGAGUGAGUAAUUCAUUAUAUCUGUCAAGAGCGCAGAGAGACAUCUCUUCUAAUCGAGGAAGAUGUCGGCAUCGGUUUACAACAACCCCUACAUCUACAAGCCACCACCCCCCAAAAUCGACUACCCUUUCAUCUGUGCAGCAUGUUCCUCUUUAACAUGCAGGUAUGUUUUGUCAUUUUCCCUCUUCAGAAAAAGUGAAUUUAAAAAAAAGAUGUUUUGUUACUUAUGUAACAUUGUUACCCAUUUCAUUUUAAAAUUUUUAAAUUUGGAAGUUCUUUUUAUACUGUCAGCAGAUUUCUUCUCCCACUCUUCUGUGGGGAAACAAUGAGCCAAAUGAAUUAUUAAAGGAUAUUAUAUCUUUUUUAAUUGUUACGUCUCUUCUUUUCAAGCCUAAAUAUAUCUUUUUACAUCGUUUCUUUCAACAAUAAAAAAAUGUGCCUCCCUCAGGUUUAUGCUGGACUCCAAGAUUUUAGCAGUGAGUGUCUUGUUGCUGAUUGUGUCCCUCCUGGUCAUCAUCGGCAUGAUCAUUGCACCAUUCUGGUUUCAAUUGGUUCUUGAUCCAAACGAUGGCACUUUUGGUUCUGAGCCAGUCAAGCGUGAGCUGACCAUUGAUUCUGGUCUGUUCUUCAUGAGGGAAACACAUAUGGACAACAGUCUUUUUCUCAACAAGUUCUCUACCAACCGUGAGGUUGUACCAAGUAAGAAGCAUCAACUCUUGCAUUGGCGUCAGGGCUUUCUAACCUGGAGUUGAAAAUAUUUAAUCUAUAUAUUCUGGGAAUAUCUUGUAUAUUACUAAAUGAGUCUCUAGAAAAUGUUUGUAAUUUUUUUCCAUGUAUAAGAAAAAUGUAGUUAUUCCAGUACUAUUGGAAUGCAGAAACAUGUUUACAUAUUUAUAGAUCUAUUGUGUAUAUCAGAAGAAAAAAAGAGUUUUAUUUUCAUAUUGAAGUAUAAAUAGCCAAUCUUAAUAUUUUAAAAAUCAUUCACUUACUUUAACCUAAGUAACUGAUAAACUAACUUUUCAAAUCAGCUUAAAAAUUAUAUUUUUUCAAAGUUUGGUAAAGGUUAAUCCAUGGUUCUGCUCAAUCCCACGAUUGCCAGAUGGCUUUAUUUAUGUUAAGUAACUGUGUGGGCAAGCCUAUGAAAAAAAUCAUCGUGGCGGGGGGAGAGACACAGUAUUAAGUAAAAUGUUAUAUUUAUGUCUUUGUAUGUUUUGCUUAGUCCAGGCCUCACAUAUGGUAUUGGUAAUCCCAAAAUAUAUAUGUGAAUACCUAGUGCUGCAUCAUAUCAAUCUUAUUGAUGCCGUUGCACAUUCCAAAAGGCAAUCUUAGUUACUUCAAAAUUUUCCUGCUAACUAAUAUAGUCAUUAUUGUCACUGAGGUGGUGAAGUUGUAUGGUACACAAUGGCUGAUUUUUUACGCUUGAGAAAUUCUUUAAGAUAUCUUGUGUUUAAAUUGCUCUAGUUUUAAACUGUUCUCUUGUUAGAAAACUGGUUUAUCUGUAUGCUGAACUGAAUAAUGUACAAUGUAAUAAAAAACAAAAAAACAAAUUUUCAUUAAAUUAAAAUAAAUAAAAAGAAUCUUAUCUUAUUCUAUUUAAUACUUAUGUAUUGUUUACAUAUAGAGAAAAAAGAUUUUUAUCAGAAAACAAAAUCUGCAUUAAAUUUUUGCAAUUUUUUUUAUACCGGUAAUGCUUUUAAUACUCUUUUUUAUUGAGUUUAUUGUUUUGAUUAAAAAGUUCAUUUAAUUAAUUUUGAGAACAGAAAAUUUUAAGAAUAAAUUUUAAUCCAGCGAUAGUCAUUGUGCAGGUAUUGAAUCAGAAAUCAAUUUUUAUUCAUCCCAGAGGUGCUUCAAAGUGCUCAGGUCUGUUCAGUUCUUGGGACUUGUGUUCUUAUGGGAUGCUGCUUUGGGGGCAUACUUUUGAUGGUCAGGAGAUUUGCCUCUGCAACAGCUUUGAUCAUUCUUGCAGGUGCCACGUCGAUGGCAGGUAUGUGAUCACCAGCAUCUAAUUAUUAAAAGAAAUUUAGCUUUUUGAUAUCAUUUGGGCCUGAAGGAUUGGCUGGCUUGUUUAGAAAACACCGAAAAAUAAAUCAUUCAGUCCAUCUUGUGUUUAAAUGCCUGCUAAAUAAAAUACAAUUUAGAAUGAAAAAAAUACUCAUAGUUGUAAAUAUGAAGGACAUUGCUAAAAUAGAUUUGUUUUUACUACUAACACAUUACACAUAUUAUCACUUUUUCUCGUCAGCUCUUUGUGAGGUGUUUGUUGUUAUUUUUGCUGGGAUUCUCAUUGGCAUGAGCACAUGCAACCCCUACGAAUCAACUGGCUGCAAAUAUGAAAAAAAUCAGGUGUGGCGUAUGAUUCCUAUAUAUGAUCAGUUUUACCGCAUUGAGCCUCACAUCACACCUUUUGUCAAGCCAAACUGGGCCUUUUACAUUGCCAUCAUUGGAGCUGCUAUAGCUGUUGGUAUGUUGGAUUUCUCUUGGUUUGAUUUUAUUGCUUAACUUUACCUCUUUAAAAAUUUUCAUUAUUUCAGGGCUGUUGCUUCAUAAUGCUUUAUGUAUUUUACAUACGGUACGUGUUAACUAGUAGAAUUAUUGUUUUCUUCAUUAUUGUCUUUUCCAUUGAUGAAAUACUUUGUUCCAACCACUAGUCUACAUUAUCUCACUUAUAUCAAGAUGCUCUGAUCCCAGAUGUUUGAGCUAUAGAGACUUCUCAUAACUUAUUCCUUGCGUCUUGUCAAUGUUAAAAAUAAGUUAACAAGAUGGCUUUAUUCACCAGUGGCGGCCAUUAUUCUCUGGAUUGAAGCCAUCAAGACCAACCGUAAUCUUGAACACAUCCGCUACCAACAGCUGCGACUGACAAGAGAUCCUUAUGAACAUGAUGUUGAUCCUCUGGUGAGUGUCUUCUUCCUACAGUAUGGCAGAUCAUUUAGAUUUAAGAUAAAUUUAGUUACUCCACUUCCCCUGCUAUGGAACUGACUUCUUUGGUGCAAGCUGCACAAAAAAGUACAGCACACUUUUAUAUUUUCCAUAUCAUUGUGUUUUUUCAUGUGGAUACUAUAGUUACUGCAUACCUCUUCCAUAAGAUAAUAUUUUGGCCUACCAACAAAUUUUACACAACAGCUCAUCAUUUGAACCUUGGAUGAGUAAUAUAUAUAUAUAUAUAUAAAACUGUUAUAAAAUCAGUUACGUUUUUUUUUCUAAAAUAAAAUUUAUUUUGUGAAUUAAUGAUUAAAGACAUCAGAAUCUUUGAAUUUUUUUUUAAAAGUGCAGGUACUGUUACAGUUUAAGAAACCCUGUCUGCUAAAAGCAAGUUUUACUUUUACAAAAGUAGCCCUGGGUAAAAACUAAAACAAACAUUAGUGAACAGUUUGAUCAAUGGAAAGUUCCCCCUGAGUUUAAGUCAGCAGAGCAAGUAUUUUUUUGUAUGCUGAAAAAUUUUCAACUUGAGAUUUAAUUAUUAUAUCUACUUUUCUUUUAUGAGUUUGUAUUAUUUCUAUUAACAGGUGGGUAAGAAAUAUGUGUAUAUUCCACCUACCCAGCAUGGACCAAAUACAUACGGCAUGCAGCCUAUUCUACAUUCUGGUCGUAUGGACAGAAUGGCAUACGCUGACCCACCACGAAAUGACAGCUAUAUUCCACCGGCCAGCCUUAGGCAAGCUCCAUCUGUGUCCUACCAGCCCUCCAGCCCAGAGUACAAAAGGAAGGGGCCCCCAUCCAGUACCAGCAGUGCAAGUGGGGCCAUCAUCUCUAGGGAAAUCGAUCUUUAGCCAGCUUUGAGUCUUUAACAGAUGAACAAAGUACCUGCAGUGCCAGAAGUAUCUUUGUUAAUUUCUGCUGAUUUGAUUAGUUUUAAUUCUUGUACAUAAUCAAAGGAAUAUCUAACCUCUUUGAACAAACUAAUUGACGAUAUCCCUGCCAAUUUAGAUUUUUAAAGAGAGAAAGAAUGGGGACCAGAUAACUGAUCAGCUGAAAUGUUGUAUUCAUACCAAUAUCAAAUAAGUGAAACUGGUUUAGAAAUUGAAAUUUAUUUGAAACUGGGGAGUGACAUCACAUAUUGUUUUGCUAAAAUAUUUUAUUUUUGCUUGUAUGUCUGUUUAGCAGACUAUGCAAACAAUUUUUUUUUUGGUAUAAGUUUUGUACUGUAAAAACUGCUGCAAGAGAGUUACAAUUUAUCAUUAUCUUUUUUCCAUUAAGUUUUUUUCAGUCAGGUAGUGUUCAGAAUGAGUUUUAUACAUGGGCUGAGAUAGACUGUAAUUUGUUUACAUUUAAAGUUAACGAUACAUAAUAUUUAGUGUUCAUUUUAUUUUUUUUCAUUUAAGACCUAAUGAUUUUAAAAGCUAGUUUUGUUUUUUUUUACAAAUUUAAAGGUGUUUUUAAAUUAUCAUUUCUUUCUACAUUAAAUAACAACUUACCAUGUAAAUAUCAUUAUUUUUUUAAAAAUAUGUUUGUCAUUUAAUUUUCAAUCAUUUAUAAAUAUUCACUUCUAUAGAUCAACACACACAAAAUAUGUACUAAAAUUCAGUACACAAAUUAUUAUUAUAAUUUUUUUUUUUGUUUAAGAAGAUUUACUUUCACGAAAUUUUAAGUGUUAUUAUAAACUGGGGAGGGGUCUAUUUAGUAAAAACUGCACCUAGAAUUGGUAAGAAUAGUAUUCAUUUUUGUUAUUGAUUAGGCCUUUGGGUUACAUAUAGAGUAGUUUCCCUUUUAAAAAAAAACAACUUAAAAACCAAAUGUUUUUAAUGAUUGAUUAAAAGAUUUAUAUUUGCCCGCUGUAAUCUGUAGCUUAAAUGAGCAGCUAUAACACAACAUUCCUGUACUGUAUUUGAGUAAGGCCUUAAACAUUCCAGAGAUUUCACAUAUUGUAUUUAAUGUAAGUUUUCUAUUAUUCAAUAAAUAUUGUCUAAACAUUC